UCCUACAGAAAAACAGUUUGGUGGGGAACUUUAUAAACGAACAUAAACCAGACGCGAACGUUUUAUAUCUUGACGACUACACGCCGGUUUGUUUACAUUAAAAACCUUUAACAUUUUCGUUUCAUUCCACGUGAAAUGUGUUAAGUAAAAACAAUGAAUACGAAUUUGGUUGCCAAAGAGACUUUCAGCGUAUUUCCUGAAAGGCCAGCUGUAGACAUUGUAUUUCAGGAUGUUUCGUAUCGAGUACCACAAGGACGAAACGGAAGCAAAGUUAUCUUGAGAAAUGUAAGCGGUCAUUUUAAAUCUGGAGAGUUAACAGCCAUUUUGGGACCCUCUGGAGCAGGGAAGAGUACUUUACUUAACGUUUUAGCGGGAUAUAAAUCCCAUGAUGUCGGUGGUUCAAUUCAGGUUAAUGGUCAACCUAGAAACAUGAAAACAUUUCGUCACUUCUCCAGAUAUAUCAUGCAAGAAGAUAUGCUUCAACCCUGGUUAACCGUCGAAGAAUUAAUGAAAGUUUCCGCUGAUUUAAAGUUGGGAAAGACCUUCAACAAUCAACAAAAAAAUCAGACGAUAUCUGAAAUAUUAGAAUUAUUAAGGCUGAUAACAACCAAAGAUACAUUAACGAGUAAAUUAUCAGGUGGUGAAAGGAAGAGGUUAUCAAUAGCUUUAGAACUUGUUAAUAACCCACCCGUUGUUUUUUUGGAUGAACCAACAACUGGAUUAGAUGAUAUGGCAAGUUCCCAGUGUGUUUCAUUAUUAAAAGCUUUAUCAGAAGGUGGAAGAACAAUAAUUUGCUCAAUCCAUACACCCAGUGCAAAACUUUUUUCCAUGUUUAAUAACACGUACAUUUUAUCAAAUGGUAUUUGCGCGUAUCAAGGAUACGGUUUAGAUGUUGUACCUUAUUUAGAAAAUUUAGGAUUGGUUUGUCCCAAACAUUAUAAUCCAGCUGAUUUUGUUAUAGAAGUAUGUAGUGGAGAGUAUGGUGAUUACACCGAUAAAUUAAUAUCAGCCGCAAAACAACAGUAUUCGUCAAUCGCAACGUCUGAAAAAAUUAGUAGACAAUCAUCGAUAAUCGAGCCGACGAUAUGGAAGAAUGAAAGUAAUUUUUGGUAUCAAUUUUCAACGUUACUUUUCCGAAUGUGGAAACAAAUGUACCGAGAUAAAAACUAUUUAGUUUUAAAAACGGUUCUUCAUAUUUUCCUCGGCAUUUUCGUCGGAUGUAUCUUUUACGACAUCGGAAAUGAUGGUGCAAGAACUAUUUACAAUUUUGGAUUAUUUUAUUGCUCGACAAUUUUUUUCCUGUAUAUUCCACUUAUGCCAAUUUUAUUACACUUUCCUAAAGAAAUCCAGUUUUUAAAACGAGAAUAUUUCAACAGAUGGUAUAGCUUAAAAGCUUAUUUUUUAGCAAUGACCUUAUCAACAAUCCCGAUUAACUUAAUUUUAAACCAUCUUUUUUUGAUCUCUGUAUAUUUCUUAAGUGGGCAACCUCUAGAAUUUGAUCGGAUGUUUAAAUAUUUUGCAGUUUCUGUUUUAACAGCUUUCGUUUCAGAAAGUCUUGGGUUAAUUAUUUCUUCGUUUUUAACGGUGGUUAAUAGCAUGUUUGUUGGACCAGUUAUUUCAGUCCCAUUCAUGUUGCUAGCUGUUUAUGGAAUGGGAUUUGGAAACACGGGAAUUCCCAUAAUUAUGCAAAUUGUUAUGCACUUCAGUUAUCUUCGUUAUUCUUUAGAAGGAGCAAUUUCUGCAGUUUUUCGUGAUCGCGGGAAAUUCCCUUGCCCCGAAACCGAAGUUUUCUGCAUCUUUAGUGACACAAAUUAUUUCUUGGAGAUUAUGGGAUUCCCAGAACGUUCCGUUUGGAUCGAUGUAGCAGCUUUAUUUUUUAUUUACGUCCUAUUUCGAUUAACGUGUUACUAUUUACUUAGACAGAGAUUAUCGCCAAAUAAAACUUUUAGAGCUUUACAUGUUAUCGUAAGAUUUGUUAAGUCACGAGUUGGCGGAUCAAGAUAAAAAUUUACAAAUAUAUAUUUAUUUUUUUAUACAAAUUUUAGGAAAUUUAGUUUGACUUUUGUAUAUUUAA